AUGUUCCGCAACACCUACGACUCGGAUAACGUUGUCUUCUCGCCUCAAGGACGCCUUCACCAGGUCGAGUAUGCCUCUGAGGCCGUGAAGCAGGGGUCUGCGGUCGUAGGCUUGCGAUCGAAGACCCAUUCCAUUCUCUUGGCUCUCAAGCGUUCACUGGGAGAGCUCGCGUCCUACCAGCAGAAGAUGUACCGGAUAGAUGAGCAUGUAGGCAUCGCAAUUGCCGGUCUCACCUCUGAUGCUCGUGUACUGAGUAACUUCAUGCGUCAACAAGCAAUGUCCUCUCGCAUGGUCUUCAAUCGCCCAAUACCCGUUAACCGUCUUGUGUCCUCCAUCGCUGACAAGGCUCAAGUAAACACGCAGGAAUAUGGCCGUCGUCCAUACGGAGUCGGCUUCCUUGUUGUUGGCCAGGACAAAAAUGGCCCUCAUCUCUACGAGUUCUCUCCUUCAGGAAACUCAUACGAAUACUACGCAAUGUCCAUCGGCGCGCGGAGCCAAAGUGCGAAAACAUAUCUCGAGAGGCAUUACGAGAGCUUCGCAGACUGCAACCUCGAAGAACUCAUUUGUCAUGGCCUUCAUGCCCUGCGAGAGACUCUUCAGCAGGACAAGGAACUUACUAUCAACAACACAUCCAUUGGCAUCGUCGGCCCUGCUAGCGCGCACGAGAAGGAUGUACCGUCGGCAGGCAACUUCCGUAUCCUAGAGGGGGAGACGAUUCAGGUAUAUCUUGACAGCAUGCUGCCCAAGGGCCACCAGGACCCCGCGCCCGCGGCACCAGCAGCUCCUGCAGAAGGCGGCGCGGCGCCUCCAGCUGGCGUUGCUGUGGCAGACGAAGACGUGCAGAUGGCAGAGUAG